AUGGCUAUUUACCUCCGACUACUGGUCUUCGCGAUUGCUAUAUCGUCUCUCAUUGGAGGAGCCUGGGCCGCUUCCUACAAUCUGCAAUGCGCCUGUACCACCGAUCUGUGCAAAGCACAGAACAAGACUACCUGCGACAAGGCAGCCAUGUGCUUCACGCAGUACCUGAAGCGUCGAGACGGAUCGGAUCCUAUCACCAGAGGCUGCAUCACGAGCAGAACUUCGCUUCUAUGUGAAAACCGACGACCAGCCGUGGCAAACUGGCCGGUGCUCGUUUGUUGCAAGAAUCAGUUCUGCAACGAGCAACUGCCGGCUCUGUUCGUUGAUCUCGUCGGGAACGUGACCAUGAGUCCUCCGGUUCCUGUCCCCAGCAACGCGGUGCCAGCCGACAAAAGUCCUACCGAAACGGAGGACGGAACCGAGGAGGUGGAGGAGGAGGAGGAGGAGUCCCGCGACGAGGAGACAAACGCCAAUUACCCCUCAAACAAACAGGACACCAACUUUGAAAGCAACAAAAUCUACAAUAAUCCUCGCUUCCUCGGUACCAUCAAACGGCCAGAAACCAAGAUCACGGUUCAACAUCCCGCCGAUCGCGGACUCACCAUGUUCCACGCAGCCAUCCUCAUCACCGCUCUGGCCUUCCUAUUCCUAUUAUUUCUGGUUGGUUUCAUCAUUCUUCGACGCCAAGCACGUCUCUUCAACACACCGUACAUGGCUCCAAGCAGUUACUCGAAGGAGGUCCACCUGAGCCAUCACGACCACCAUACUGCUCCGACAAGGAUGCCGUUGCCAAGAGGACUUCCGGUGCAAAUGGCGCGGACCGCCUACGACAACAAGGUUCUUCAUCGGCAGCCUUAG